CGCUCGCUUCGAUCAAGAAAAACGAGUUCUUUGAGUUGAAGCUUCAUCAACUGAGUUUUGGCAUUGACUUCAGUCUUUUGCCUCUGCUCCUGGACUGUAGUUGAAUUACUGUCUCACGAAUGUUUUUGUAGCUGCUUCAAUGGGGAGUCCAUCGAUUAACGUGGAGCAGUUUCAGCGGCGCCUGAAGGUGCUGCUGGACGCCUGGAAAAAUGACACAUUUGCUUGUGAUGCACUAUGUGCUCUGGUGGGCUCCAGUGAAGAUAUCAUGUACUCCAAGUCAACUGCACUGCAGACAUGGCUGCUUGGCUAUGAGCUAACAGAUACAUUGAUUGUCAUCGGCCCCAAGUUCUUCACCGUCAUAGCUAGCAAGAAGAAGUUGUCCUUUAUGCAGCCGCUAGAGAAGUUGGAUUCCGUCAAGGUGUCGCUUGUUUUACGCAGCAAGGAAGACAACUCUGGCAGUUUUGCUGAUAUCUUUUCACAAGUCAAGGACAGCAAGAAUGGGAAGCGUCUUGGAAUCCUCGCAAAGGACAAGUUUGGAGGAGACUUUGUGCCCGAGUGGCAGAAGGCUAUAAGUGGGUCAGGCCUAGAGACGGUGGAUGAGAGCGCUCACUUGGCGUAUAUCAUUGCACCUAAAGAUUCAGCGGAGCUGCAAACUAUGAAGAAAAGCAGCCAGCUGUCUUCGGAUGUCUUCAGCAAGUUCUUCAAGGCCGAGGUUUUGAAGAUUGUGGACCGGGAAAAGCGUGUGAAGCACAGCGUCCUGGCCAAUAGCAUUGAGAAGACCCUUCACCAAAACAAGCAGCUGCUUGGCAAUGCUGACCCUAGCGAGGUUGAAGUAUGCUACUCGCCAAUUGUCCAGAGCGGUGGAGAUUACUCUCUCAAGUUCAGUCUUGUUAGCAAUGACAAGAACUUGAAGUAUGACACGAUUAUCUGUCAAAUGGGCGCACGUUAUCGAUCUUACUGCAGCAACAUUGUGAGAACGAUGAUGGUGCAGCCAUCCGAGACACAGCAAGAGGAUUACAAGAUUCUUCUGGAAACGGAAGAAGUACUACAAAAGGAGCUAAAGGCAGGCGUAAAACUCUGCGAUGUCUACAGCAAGACAUAUGACUUUCUCAGCUCGAAGAAGAAGUCUCUAGCAGAGCACGCGACGAAAACCUUUGGGUUUGCAACUGGCAUUGAGUUCAAGGAAGCGUCACUCACCAUUGGUCCAAAGUGUCAAGCAGUAGUGAAAGCCGGUAUGGUCUUCAAUCUCGCCAUCGGUAUGACCGAUCUUUCGUCAUCGGAUGACGACGAGAACUAUGCUCUCUUCAUUGGUGACACCGUUCUCACAAAGGAAAAGGAGCCCGCAGAACUGCUCACAGCGUCGAAGAAGCAGGUCAAGAACGUGGCUAUAUUUAUGGAGACGGAAAAAGCAGAGACCAACGGCGCCGCGAAAGAAGAUCUCCAGUUAGUGGUGGAUGGCAAUACUGUGCUGGAGAACCGUACGCGGCAGGAUAUGACAGCGGAGGAGAAGCGCAAGAGCAAGCAGCGAGAGCUGGGAGACCAGCUGAACGAAACCGCACGGCGGCGAUUGCUGGAUAAGGAUGACCCGUCGUCUGGGAAUAAAUCGUCUAAGUCUGCAGCAGUUGCAUACCGGCAUGCAUCACUGCUUCCCAAAGAUGCUGACGUGCAGGAGUUGCGCAUCUUUGUCGACACGAAGCAUGAAGCCAUCAUUGUUCCUGUUGGUGGUCAAAGUGCUGUGUUCCAUAUCUCCAUGCUGAAGAACUGCAGCAAAACUGAACACGGAGACUUCUCGUACCUUCGCCUCAACUUCUUCUGUCCUGGAAACACUGUAGGGCGUGCAGAAGGUGCCGCCUUCCCAGACCCAUCGGCAACGUUCGUCAAGGAAUUGGUGUUCAAAGCCAGCAAUACCCGCAAUGCCAGUCAAGCGAUCCCGUCCACCAACCUUGCGACUGCCUUCCGACUCAUCAAGGAGGCACAGAAGCGCUUCAAGACGCGCGAGGCUGAGCGCAAAGAAAUGGAGGGUGUCAUUGCACAGGCUGACCUGGUGAUCAGUCAGAACCGUAACGUACCACGACUGAAGGAUCUGUUCGUCAGACCCAGUCUCACUGGUGGACAACAUCGCACGCAGGGUGUCCUUCAUGCCCAUGUGAAUGGUUUCCGGUACCAGCCAUACAAAGGCGGUAACAUUGACAUCCUGUACAACAACAUCAAGCAUGCUAUCUUCCAGCCAUCCAAGGGCGAAAUGAUCGUUCUGCUGCAUUUCCACCUGAAGCACGCGAUUCUCAUUCAGAAGAAGAAAUACCUUGAUAUUCAGUUUUUCACUGAAGUUGGUGAAGUUGUAACGGAUCUGGGACGUCGGCAGAAUAUGCAUGACAGAGAUGACCUGGAAGCCGAGCAGGCCGAACGGGACUUGCGCCAUCGGGUCGAGAUGGCUUUCAAGGGCUUCAUGGACAAAGUUCAGCAGUUCUCCAAUCUGGAAGUGGACACGACGUUCAGAGACUUGGGCUUCCACGGUGUACCGCAUAAGAGCAGCGUCCUGCUACAGCCGACAACGUACUGUCUAGUUCAUCUUGUUGAAUCACCCGUAACCAUGAUUACUCUCAGUGAAGUCGAGCUAGUGCACUUUGAACGUGUCAGCUUCCAGAUGAAGAACUUUGAUGCCGUCUUCAUUUUCAAAGACUAUAAGCGCAAGGUUUUCCUGAUCAACGCCAUCCCCAUGACAUCACUGGACUCGAUCAAGGAGUGGUUGACGACUUCCGACAUCAAAUACACGGAAGGUAUACAGUCACUGAACUGGGCCAAGAUCAUGAAAACCAUCAGUGAUGAUCCAGCCGGCUUCUUCGAGGGCGGUGGCUGGAGUUUCCUGGACCCGGAUGAGAGUGAUCAGGGCGGUGACGACUCAGAGGAAGAAACCGACUAUCAGCCAUCUGGCUCCGAUGAACCAUCCGACGAGUCGUCUGAUGAAGAUUAUUCCGAUGAGGCGUCGGAAAGUGAUGAGGAAGAAGAGUUGGACUCUGAUGAAAGUUCUGGCAAGGAUUGGUCAGACCUGGAGGAAGAGGCUAUUGCAGACGAUAAUGAGACCAACUUUGACGAUGACGUCGAGGAACGGCCGCGCAAACGCAAAAGCAGCGGUGCGCCGCCAGUUAGUGCGGCUAAGCGCCGCCGUUGAUUUUGAUAUGACGGAGGACUUGUGUGCUCUCGAAAUGGGCAAACGGACCAGUCACCACGUCUGCUUCAUGUUGUAUUCUUGAAUCUUGACGGACCGUAGCAUCAAAGUCUCGCACUGAACGAUGUGCAGUUACAUUCACUCUGUGCUUCUUUUGCCAGUCGCGUUUGUUGCGAGCUAGUGCUGUAACCAUGUCAGCAAAAUGUUAAUUGUGUCUGAUCGUCCCCUACUGUUCCAGCAAGCCCCCUGCCCCCUCGGUUCUUCUACUCAUUCAACACGUUUUCUUAGACCUUCUCUUAUUCCUUCUUUUUAAAGCCCUGAUGGAUGUUCUUUUGAAUUGCUUAUGUCUAUUUGCAAUGCUGUGCAUGUCGGCUGUAGACUCUAUGCUGUUGUAUAUUAAAUAAAUAGGCUUACUUUGAGUGCUGGCUCAUUCAUCAUCUGCACAUUAUGAUGAUUUUGUAUGUUUUACUGCUGCUGACUCCUGCAAACUCUCACGCAGGAUGUGUUCGCUCGUUUGUCUGUGUGUGUGUUUGUGUGUGUGUUUGUUUGUGUGUGUGUGUGUGUGUGCACGCGCACGUGGGCACUCACUGCGCUUUCACCGGUCGCCAUCCAUACUUUUGUUUUUUUUGUUUUUGUUUUUUUCUCUCUUUGUAUCUUUCUGUCUGUCUUUCUGCGCGCAUGUGUGUGUGUGUGUGUGUGUGUGUGUGUGUGUGUGUGUGUGUGUGUGUGUGUGUGUGUGUGUGUGCACGCACUGCGCUUUCAUUAGUCGUCAUCCGUACUUUUACUUUUUUCUUUUUUCUCUCUCUUUUUGUAUCUUUCUGUGUCUCUUUCUGCGUGCAUGUGUGUGUGUGUGUGUGUUUCUCUCCCUCAUGCACACAUGCACAUACACACACGCACCCACACACACACACCCACACCACGCACGCACGCACACACACACACUCUCUCUUUCUCUCCAUGUUUUGUCUUCCUCGACGCAUGUAUUCAUGCGUGUCACCCAGACUUGAUGUUUCAGUGAACCUAAA